CUGCCUCCCCAUUGCAGCGCUCGGGCCACGGCCCCGGCACCGCGCGGGGAGCCGGAGCGAGCCGCCCGGCCGGGCAUGGGAGCGGGGGCGGCGGCCGGGCGCGCGGGGCUCUGAAGCGGGCUCCUGUGAAGGACGCUGGCCCAGAACAGCGGCAGGGGCUUGGGGUGCAUUGUACCCUCCUGAAGCGCUAACAAAAGCCUCCCCCUUUGCUUUGCAGUGGCACUCGGGGUGCAGGCGGCUGCUGUGCGAGAGCUUCGUUCACAGGAAGGUGAGCGUGGUGGGUGAUGGGAUGGAUGAAGCCGAGCAGGACCAGUAUGAAGCCCGUCUCAAGGAGCUCUUUGACAGCUUUGACACCACAGGCACUGGAUCCCUGGGGCAGGAGGAGCUGACCGAUCUGUGUCACGUGUUACAUCUGGAGGAAGUGGCCCCUGGAGCGCUGCAGCAGACGCUUCUGCAAGGCAACCUUCUCGGCAGGGUCCACUUUGACCAGUUUAAAGAAGCACUGAUCCUUAUCUUAUCCCGAACCUUAUCCAACGAGGACGACUUCCAAGAACCAGUAGAUUCUUCACCAGAAGCCCAGCCCAAAUACGUCAAGGGUGGGAAACGCUAUGGUAGGCGGUCCCUGCCGGAGUUUCGGGAAUCCGUGGAAGAGUUUGCCGAGGUGACUGUCAUUGAGCCUCACAAUGAAGCAGCCCGGAGUUCACACAUCGCUUCCAAUGACUGUGAUGAGCACUGGAAGACUCAGGACAGCGAGGAAUAUGAAGCAGAAGGCCAGUUGAGAUUUUGGAAUCCGGAUGACUUGAAUGCUUCACAGACUGCGUCGUCUCCUCCCCAGGACUGGAUAGAAGAGAAGCUGCAGGAGGUUUGUGAGAAUCUAGGGAUCACCAGAGACGGCCACUUGAACAGGAAAAAGCUGAUCUCCGUUUGUGAGCAGUAUGGGCUACAUACCGUGGAUGGCGAGGUGCUUGAAGAUGUGUUCCAUAAUCUUGAACAAGAUGGCACAAUGAGCAUAGAGGACUUUUUCUAUGGCUUAUUUAAAAAUGGAAAAUCUCUUACGCCAUCAGCUUCUACCCCAUACAGACAACUCAAACGGCACCUCUCCAUGCAGUCCUUUGAUGAAAGUGGGAGACGCACCACUGCCCUGUCCGCAAUGACUAGCACGAUUGGGUUCAGAGUCUUCUCCAGCCUCGACGACGGGAUGGGCUAUGCCUCUGUGGAGCGAGUACUUGACACGUGGCAUGAAGAGGGAAUUGAAAACGGCCAUGAAAUCCUCACGGCCUUGGAUUUUAGCCUGGAUGGAAAGGUCAACCUGACAGAGCUGACUCUGGCGUUAGAAAAUGAGCUCCUGAUAACCAAGAAUGGAACCCAUCAGGCUGCCUUGGCCAGCUUCAAAAUGGAGAUCAGACAUUUACUGGAGCGAGUUGACCAAGUGGUGAGAGAAAAAGAGAAGCUGCGCUCAGAUUUGGAAAAAGCUGAAAAACUGAAAUCUCUUAUGGCCUCGGAAGUUGACGACCACCAUGCUACCAUAGAACGCCGGAAUGAAUACAACCUCAGGAAGCUGGAUGAGGAGUACAAAGAACGCACUGCAGCUUUAAAGAAUGAACUCCGGAAGGAGCGAGAGCAGAUCCUGCAGCAGGCUGCCAAACAGCGAUUGGAGCUGGAGCGGGAGAUUGAGAAGGUGAAAACGGAAGAGAACUACGUCCGUGACCGGCUCACCCUUUCCCUAAAGGAAAACAGCCGUUUAGAGAGCGAGCUGUUAGAGACUGGACAGAAGCUGUCAGAGUAUGAGAGCCUGACGAGCAAACUGCAAAGGAACUUGGAAAAUGUCUUGGCCGAGAAGUUCGGCGACCUUGAUCCCAGCAGUGCCGAGUUUUUCCUGCAGGAGGAGAGAUUGGUACAAAUGAAAAACGAGUAUGAACAGCAGUGCAGGGAGCUGCAAGACCAGAUCGAUGAACUCCAGUCUGAGCUGGAAGAGUAUCGUACUCAAGGCAGAAUAUUUAGGCCUUCUCUGGAAAGCUCGCUGCAUGAGGAGUUUGACAUUAAAAAUGGGGGAAGCGGUGGUGUGGAGCCUGACCAAGGGCUUGGUUCUGAAGAUUGCAAUCCACUAAAUAUGAGCAUAGAAGCAGAAAUGGUCAUAGAACGAAUGAAGGAGCAACACCACAAGGAGCUACAGCAUCUGAAACAGGAGCUCAAAGACACAAUGAGCAAUUAUGAAAAACUAGUUGAGACCAAGACCCAUUGUGAAAAGGAGCAAGAAAACAUGGUGAAGAAAUAUAAUGAAGAGAGGCAAACCAUGGAAAAGCAAAUAAGUGCCCUUAGAAACCAAAUUGAAGCACUCCAGGGAGAGACAGCGAUGCUCAAAGAGGAACAAGAAAGGAUUGACUGUAAACAUAAUGAGGAGAGAAACGACUUACAGAUGAGCUUUGAUAAGGAAAAGGCUAAUCUCCAAGAACUGCUGAAGCUAGGACAUGAGGAAGAGCUCCAGGUUAGGCUGGAGCAGGUACAAGAGAGUUUUAACCGAGAACGGGAGGCGCUGGUUCAGAAUGGGAUUUGGAUGGAAGAAAAGAUGAGAGCUCUGGUGCAGACCCUGCAAGAAGAAAAGGGGGAGGUAGAACGUGGUUUCCAUGAGCAGCUGAAAAGCCUGACAGAAAAGCAUGCUGUUGAGAGGGAAGAGCUACAACACAAAUUGCUGGAAAAACACCAACAGGAACUCCAAGAAGAAAGGAAAAAAAUGGAAACUGAGUAUAACAGAAGAACAUCUCAGACAGAAACUCAGUUUUCUGUCGACAGACAAACGAUUGUGAACAAGUAUGAAGAAGCACUACGAAAUCUUGAAGAACGCUACCAACGAGAGCUGCAAGAACUCGCCGAACAACAGCAUGAGGAGAAAUCUCAGUGGGAAUUCGAAAAGGAUGAAAUCAUCCAGGAAUGUGCUGAAGCCCAAGAGCAACUGAAGGAAAUGCUGGAGAGCAAAAAGGCCAUUUCUUUUGUACUAACACAGGAGAAAGAACUCCUAGAGAAGAAUUUCAAGGAACUUGUGAACAAGUUAAUGUGUGAAAAGGAGCAGCUCCAGAAAGAGCUGCAGGAUCUGAGAAAUGUUGCUGAAAAACAAGAGGACAAGUUGCAGAAUAAAAUAUUGCAGCAACAAAAUGAUUACGAAAGAGAGCUAAAAGACAGAGAAGAACAAAUGUCUGUGGUAGAGGAAAAAAGGAAGCUGGUUAGCCAAAGGCUUGAAGUGCUUGAGACUGCAUAUGAGCAAGAGAAAUACAAACUGAAUUCCAAACUUCUUGCUUUAGAGGGUUUGAACAAAGAGACCCACGAGAGAGCAGAAAAAGAGAAGGCACAGAUGAGUUUGGAAAUCUUAAAGCUUCAAGAAACAAUAAAGAAAUUGCAGCAGGAAACACUUGAUUUUGCCAAACUCAGGAAUGACUACAAUGCCUUGGCAAAUGAAUAUGCAGAAGUGAAGAGCAAGGUUUCAGCACUGUCUGGCUUGCAACAAUUGGAAGAGGAUGGAGAGGUUCUUACAAACCUACAGAAGGUGCAUGAGCAGGCUGUGAAGGAAAAUGUGAAAAUGGUUUCUGAGAUUGUCAGGUUACAGCAGCGGUUACAGCGACUGGAGCAAGAGUCAGGAAAACUUUCCAGUUUUGACCAAUCAAAUUCUGAGAUGGAAGAAUCUCAGGUGCAAGACAGGAUAGAGCAAAUUGAGGGUAAUGUUCUCAAAAAUCUGCAAGAUGGCAGUAAAGAGACAGAUCAUGGAGCAAACUUGCUUGUUCUUUCAUUGUUGGAGGCUAAAACUAAGGAGCUUGAAGAAAUGGUUGAGGCUUAUUCCAGUCUAAAGAAGAUGUAUGAAGACACUAAGGUAGAGAACCAUGCCCUGAAAAUACAGAUUCGUCAGCUUCUGGAAAGUAUAAUGGUACUGGAAGCAGAAUAUAAUGAAGCUAAUGACAAGAAGCAAGAUCAGGCUUCCAAAGUGUCUGUGCUGGAAAUGAGACAGACAGAGCUUGAGAAAAUCUUUGAGGUGGUUCCCAAGUUGAAGAUGUUCUAUGAAGAUGUUAAAAGAGAGAAGGAAUGUUCUCAGGAAGAUAGCAAGGUGGCAAAAAUAACGUCUGAUCAUGCUACAGCCCGUAAAGAGCUUUGUUCUGAAGUUUCUAGGCUACAGACUGAACUAAAGAAGGCUGAGGAAAUAACUGAAGCUUCUCUCCAACUUGAGAAGGUCUAUGGAGCAUCUAAAGAGAAUGGAGAGCAGAACGGUCUAGUACCUCAGCUUUGGGAAAAGUUUGAAGAGCUAGAAGACAGAUCAAGGGCACAAUCUACACUUCUGUCCUUACAGGAAGAAAUCCAGCAAGAAAACAAGGGCCUGAAAUCUGAAAUGAUAAAGUUGUUUGAACAAAAUAAAAAACUAGAAGAGAAUGUACCAAGACUUACAAGCCUGCAGCUCAGGUUAGAAGAAAGUAAUCAAGAAAGUGUCAAACUCAGGCAAGAAAAAACACAGCUCCUGGAAAAAGUUAAGGAACUGGAAGAUGCCCGUGACCAAUAUGCACAGGAAAAGAUAGAGAUGCACAGUGAGAACUUAAGACUGCAGCACAGACUUGGAAAACUGGAAGAACAUACUUUAAGGUUUAAAGACCUGCAAGACAAACAUGGCCAAUGUGAGACCACAAUAAAAGACCUGGCAAUGGAGAAAAGAGAGCUACAAGAGCUCAACAGGAAGCUGAAAGAGAAAGUUACAUCUCUGGUUAAGCAAAAAGAGAUGCAUUCUCAAGAUGAGAAAGAGGAGUUGUAUUCAGCGAUACAUGAUUUGCAAAGCACAUGUAGUGAGCUGCAGCAAAAAGUUGAACUCCUGAGAUGUGAGGCCGAGAAGCUCAGAGAAGAAAAUGCUAUUCUGAAGAAUGAAAUAACCCUUUUAAAUGAGGAAGGAAGUGUUUCUAACCUGAAACUACGGGAGCUAAAUGGAUCUCGAGAAGAAAUGUGGCAAAAAAUAGAGUCUAUAAGAAAGGAGAAGGUGGCUGUGCAGAAGAUGGUUGACAACCUGAGAAAACAGGUAUCAGAUUUGAAAGCCAAGAACCAGCAGCUAGACUUUGAAAAUGCAGAACUUAGUCAAAAGAAUUCAAAAAACCAAGCAGACAUGCAGGAUCUUAAUCAACGGCUGGCAAGAAUCCUCAGGCAAAAAGAAAAGGAAGUAGGGAAGUGUACACUAGAAGAAUGGGAACGGGAGAGAUCAAAGCUGAAAGAGGAACUGGAAAACUGUCAAGUUAAGUCAUCAACUCUGGUGUCUUCCUUGGAGACCGAGCUGUCUAAAAUCAAGGUUCAAACUCGUUUACUGGAGCAGGAAAACCACCUCCUCAAACAGGAACUGGAGAAGACCAAACAGCUGCCCAGAUGUCCUGAUCUCUCUGACUUCCAAAAUGAAAUUUCAAGUGUAAUAACUAAAAAUGAAAAGCUGCUGAAAGAAAAAGAAGCCCUCAGUGAGGAACUAAACAGAUGUGUUGAUAAGGUAGCUAAAGUGAACUUCUUAGAGAAUGUUCUUGCCAGCUUGAAGCAGGAGCAAAAGUCCUGGGAACAACAAAGUCAGACACUGAAAAUGCAGCUCACGGUCUCCCAAGAAAAGGUCCAGAGUCUAGAUGAAGCUCUACAAAAUAUCAACCUUCAACUGUCACGGCUAAAAUCAGACCUACGGGUGACCCAGCAGGAGAAGGAGGCUCUUAAACAGGAAGUGAUGUCGCUACACAAGCAACUGCAAAAUGCCAAUGAUAAGAAUCGGGUUCUAGAAGUGGCUGUGCAUUCCUCAGGGCUGCAGAACCAGCAGAAGAAGCUGCACUGGGAUGAACUGGAGCAACUGAUUAAACAGGAGCAGCAGCUGCUGAGGCAAGAGAAUGAGCGGCUCCAGAGAGAGGUCCAGAACACUAAAACAGAUCUAACUCAUUCCAGGGAGAAGAUCCGGCAGCUGGAAUCUGCCAUCCUUUCCAUGAAGCACCAAAAACAUCAAAGCCAAUCUGGUAUUGUGAAAGCCAUAGAGCAAGAGAAAUUAAGCUUGAAGAGGGAGUGUGAACAGCUUCAGAAGGAAUUGUCUUCUGCUCACAGAAGGAUCAGUCAGAUGAAUUCACUUGAGCAUGAAUUGGAAACCAUCAAUUUGGAAAAUGAAGGGCUAAGAAAAAAGCAAGUCAAACUGGAUGAACAACUAAUGGAGAUGCUACACUCGAGCUCCAAUGUGAUGCUUAGCCAAUCCCAGCAUUCUCGAGAGCUGCAGCAGCUCCAGCAGCAAGGCUGUACUAUGGUGCCUAAGGAGCAGUUCCUGCAACUCCAACAUCAGCUACAGCAGGCAGAGAGGAGGAGUCAACGACUGCAGGAGGAACUUGAAAACAGACCCUCUGAAACCAACAUGCCACAGGGGGGCCAUGCUCAGCUUCUAAAGAUGAUGGAAGAACGUAUGAUGGAUGUUGAGCAGAAACUGAAGCUUGUGAAGAGGCUUCUCCAAGAUAAAGUGAACCAACUGAAAGAACAACUUUCCAAGAAUACUAAAGCAGAUGCAAUGGUUAAGGAUCUCUAUGUUGAGAACGCACAAUUGCUGAAAGCUCUGGAGAUGACAGAACAGCGACAGAAAACUGCUGAGAAGAAAAACUACUUCUUAGAAGAAAAGAUUGCCAACCUCAGUAAAAUAGUUAAGAACCUGGCAUCACCAUCUUUGAAUUCUACAUCUCAACUAAGGUCAUAGCAAAGCCAUACAUAUAUUCAAAAGCUCUCUUGCACUUUACUGAAAUGUUAAGAUUUCAACUUCUCACUGUGCUGCCUUUUUGUAUUAUAGAUGUUCGUAAACAGAGGUCUCAAAGUAGAUAGUUUAAAGUUAAAACCUAAACUGGUAGCUGCCAACAAACUUCUGGUAGCGUUCCUAAACCACCUUCCUGCCCAGUUUUGUCAAAAACUAUCCUAUUCAGGAUUGUAGAAAAGAUUUGGAUCUGUGAUUCUAUGUAACUUAACUUAUUGUAACUGCUUUAUUUUUAAAUAUAAACUCUGAAUUUAUUGUAGUGAAUUAAUUUGGUAACCCAUGCCUAUAUUGAAACCUAGGUCUAAGGUGAACCUUUGCAACUCAGGUCUCAGUUAAACUUUUAAAACAUUCUAAGCCUAUGUAUAAUAUUUUAAAGUCUAAACUCAGCAGAUCAUCUGGGUCAUCUCUAGAUAUCAUUCUCAGAAUAAUCCAUAUUAGGAAACAGACUUCAUCUGUUUCCUAUAUACUGCAAAUAGAUUCUGGAGUUUCCCUAAAGCAGUAUGCUUCAACUGAUGCACUAGACGUCUAGCCCAGUUGAUCAAUGGCUGUUUCUUUCCAGGGUUCAACUUCCCUAGUGGUGAUUAAAACUUGGUAAAUAGAAUGCUGCCAUCUAACUAAACAUAGCAGUAGCUAAUCCUGAAAAAUGUCCCAUGUGCUGAGUGUGACAAUGACUUACACAGCUGCAAUUAAACACUCCUUUACAAAUAUAUUAGGGGCCUUAAAUUAAAACAGAGGAACAAUCUCCAAACAGAAGGUGAUGUGGCUUCUACUUGAAUAUUUUUUAAACUAGGCAAAGCUCUGAAAUGUAUUUAUGGAAUAAUCCUGUAUUGGCAGGAGAAUGGAGAAGAGGACCUACAUAAACCUUAGUCUGUAAUAUCUAUGGCAAUGAUCCUGCAAUAGGGUCUACUAACAUGGACCUCUGAUGACCAUACAUACUUCUAUUUGGUGUCAGUGGGACACUCGACCAACAGGUCUCUGCUAGUGGAUCCUGCUACAGGAUCUGAGUUUGUGAUUGUAAGGAGUUAUAUUUGAGGUCACCUCAGCAACUUGGAAUGAUAGCAUCAACUAGCUUCCUGCACUACUCUAAAUAUGGAACUUAAUGUCUGUGUAUGAAGAUGACCACUUAUUCAAGCUUUAAGAAACCUUGUUUAUGAAAAGAAUGAUAAACCAAACUGUAUUAUCUAAUAUGACCAGAUAAAAAUAGACUUAAGACCAUAAGAUUUUUAAAAUGUUAAUGUGAAUUUAAUACUGGUGAGAGGGGCCAGGAUAAGACUGGAAAAUGUGUUGUGAUUGGCGCAGUCUGUAUGAGGGCUGAAGGAUCGAUUGAUCAAGGUGAGAGGGGCCAGUUUGGCAGCAGUAGUGGGAUUUGAAGGAAGGGUUAAAAAGUUCAAACUAUGUAUUCAACCCCUUGUCUCUGAGACUGCUAACAAGGUGCCAGUUACAGUAGUGUUUGUGACAUGCAACUGUCCACUAGGAACUGAAAUGAGGCUGCCAAUUCACUUGCCACAAGCCACUAGCCAGCCUGCAGAGAAUGACUUUCAGUUUAUACUGUUUUAGCCAGGUGAAGCACUGAUUUAGAAAGCCAGUGAAGCACUGGCAAGACUGUUAUACCUAAAAGUUUACCUAUUAAUUGGAGGGUGGAGGGAUUGGAUAAUAGAUACAUGGUGUGACCCUUUCCUUGUACUGCUAGUCUGCUCAAUUCCUUUAUGCAGGCAAUAUUGUAAAUGUUACAAGAAUCCAGAGAGAUUUGUUUUCUUCCUGUGUACAGGAAUGGCGCAUAAGGACACGGCAGAGAAAAUAAUCACCAUGAAUGCAUGUCUGAUGAUAGAAAAUUCUGCACUGUUUUCCUGUUGAAAGGGUGCAAUGAAUAUACAGGGUUUUAUUUAAAAACAAAAAUCAAAAAUCAAAACAAAAAUCAGCUUGCAACUCUUAAAACUUUACUAAGAUUUGUUCAAUAUACCUUUAAAAGAUAGACAAAUGACAAUCAUGUCACAAACCUAUCUAGGAGCUACACAAAGCAAGAAAACCUUAGAAAUUAUUUCAUGACUGUAUUGUACUGUCUCUUUCCACUCUCAAUCUUCUAUCUUGGUAAAUGACCAGCUCUAAGGCUUGCAUACACCAUUUUUUCAUUGAUUGCAGAAGUGGUCUUUUAUUAUAGCAAAUUACAUUGAGUUAAAUUGGAGUUCCCUUUUUAAAUUCCAGAGUAUAUAUAUUUUGCUUAUGCUAAUAUUGACGAGUUAGCUUGGUAAGUCACACACAUGAUAAAGUUUUGCUGCAUGGACAAUUGGACUAAAAUGUGUGUUGACAAUAAGGAAAUUGAGCACACAUCUCUAAGGCUAUGUCUAGCUUAGGAAAAUAGGCAGUAUUUUUACAAUGGCAGAGUAGACAGAAUUCAGCUGGCUGUGAUCAUCCUAGAAAAAGGUGUUCGCUAGCACUUUUUAAUGCAAUAUAUUUUUCUAGACGAGGCAUGACCUAGGGCAUGUCUACACUUACCGGUAGAUCGGCACUGCUGCAAUCGAUGUAGCGAGUGUCAUUUAGUGGGUCUGGUGAAGACACGCUAAAUUGAUGGGCGAGCACUCUCUCAUCAAUUUGUGUACUCCACCUCCCCGAGAAGCGUAAGGGAAGUCAAUGGGAGAUUCUCUCCUGUUGACACAGUGCAGUAUAGCCACCGCGGUAAAUGGAUCUAACUACAUCGACUUCGGUUACGUUAUUCAUGUAACUGAAGUUGUGUAAAUUAGAUCAAUUUACCGUGGUAGUGUAGACCAGCCCCUAAUGUUAACAUAUGUGGCAAACUGUCAGACAUCAUGGGGAUACUGAAGUAGAGAUUGUCCUUAAAUUGCUGCAUAAUUAAAUAAAAUCUCACGUGGAUGCUUUUAUAAAAGAACAGACUCCAAAUUUUGACUUUCUGGCACUUAUUUUCUGUUGGAUUAAAAAAAAGCACUAAUCAGAAUCGAAUUCAAAAAGGUGAAGCUAGGAUAGGUAAUCUUUGUUGCAGGGAUAGUGCACAGAGAUUGAUUUCUCCCCAUUCUCUCUCAAUCUAUCCUUCCUUUCAUGUAUUUAGCUUCAAAUACUAAUCCCACCACUGAGGACAGUUGGGAGGUGGGGGGCCAUGAGGGAGUUCAACCUCCCUUGUUCAGGCAAAAUUCAAGGUGACUUCACUGGGAUAUUUGUGUGAAUAAAGAGUUCUCAAAAGUGCCCUCUGACAUUGCACCUUCCAGAGUUAUUAAAUGCUGCUUAGAGCAUCUGCCAGAAGGGGUUGCUUGAGAAGCAGUUUAGGGCACUUCCUCCCCAGAUGGUAUGCAGUGGUGAAACUGAGGACCCAAACUCUGAUGCCCUGUCAGUGAAAUGUUUGCCUGACCACUGGGCUGGCACAGUUACUUGCAUAAACUUUUUUACCAUGCAUUUGAGCCAAUGGAUAUAUACUAAUGAAAGGUAUUAAGUAUUUAUAGUCUCUGAUGCCUGAAUAUAAUGUUAGAAGCCUGGGUAUACCAUAUAGGCAUUUUUAAAAUGCCGAAGUCUUUUAUAGCAAACUCAUAUAUGCUCAACAAAACUUGAAGUACUAGGCCUCAAUCAAAACAAUGGGUCUUGCCAGUUCAAAGAUAAUAUAACAGUGUUUUAAAAAUAUUACCAUUGUUUCCUACACCAUGCUGUGUGAAUCACUGUGAAGAUAAGCGUUUUGGAAUUGGUUUUUUUGGUGGUGAAUAUAUACAAAUUCAUUCUGAACAACUUGAGGGGCUGUUUUAUAUCUGCACAGUUAAGGAGCUGUGUGUCAAUUUGCAUUGAUAAAAAGUAUAUAUUAGCACUUUUUCCUCAGUCAGCUGAGGCUGAAUUUAAAUUCAAAGAAAGGAAAUUCUUUGAUUUUGUAAGAGCAAAAGGAUUUUGUAACCCAACUGACAUUCACUAUUUAUGGAUGUUGCAUAAAAUGGUUUAAAGGAACAGUGUACUUUAGCAAAGAACGGCAAAAUCCUUUGGUAAAACUAAAGGAAAUGACAUCGUUGUUACAACUGCGUUCUGUUGCUUUGCUGAUGUUCAGCCCUCUCACCCAUUAAUAGCUUCUGUUCCCACUAAAUGUCAAAUGCUGUAAUUAGUGAUAAUUAACUUCUGUAGAGAUGAAGACUAGUGGGUGUAUUUUUUUUAUCGAGUUUGCAUUGUAUUAUAUCAGUAUAAUAUACUGUAUUACAACAGUUGUCUUUAUACCAUCAUGUAAAACAGAAAGAUGAACUGACAUUGUUUAUACUGAAAUUAAAAAUAUAAAUUACAAAA